UGUUUGUAUCUUUAGACAUUAUCGAGAAUGCUUAAGUGUUGUAUGUAAGUUUUAUGUUCAUAUUUCUAUUUUCAUAUUUAUUGACAUUGUUGAUUUUAUUGAAUUUAUCAAUUGAAUUGUUGGCAAUUGUGCAUCAUCAUCAAAAUCUAUUAAACAUGAAAAUUUAUAUACUGUCAUUGUUUGCUUUUGUUGCAUAUUCAUCGUGUAAAGUUACUGACACUUCAAAGAGAUUGCAAAAGAUUUUCAAUAACAAAAUUUUUUUAUUUGAUGAUUUAGAAAAUACAAUUUCACAUCCUUAUACGGAAUUUAUUGUCACUGGAUAUAGUAACAAAACUAUACAUAGUUCUUAUCAAAAAAAUACCAAAGAUUAUGAAAAUUAUCAUGAUAAUGACACUCGUUUUAGUAAUGUAGUCACAACAGAAAAAGUGGACAGCUAUAAAAAUGAAAUUAAUGAAAUAUAUCCAAAAAUGUUGAAUUCAAAUUUCUUACAAACUUUAAAAAAUGGAGUGGAAACAUUAUAUGAUGAAGAUAUUUACAUGCCUGAAUUUAAAAAAUUUCACUACAGAUUUAAAGGUUAUUUAGAAAUUCCAAGUAAAUUUUAUGAUAAGGAUAUUAGUUAUAUAUCUCACAGAAUAUUUGGUUAUUUUUGUGUCACCAAAUAUGUAUCCGGAAAACGAAAUCAACUUGUUUGUGAUUAUUUAGAAUAUAGAGUUCAAGAUACACUAGAUGGUAAAACUUUAAAUAUCAUGGAAUAAAAUGCAUUAUUAUUAUUACUGAUAUUAUAAAAAACAUACAUAAAUCCAUAAUUUAAAAAAAACACGUGUCAUUGAUUUAUUAACAAAUUAAUUUUUUUUUUUUUUUAUAGAAACUUUGUCUUAUACAAUUUGUUUUUAAAUUUAAUAAAUUAAAAGAUAUAUUUAAUAUUAAUAGUAUUAUUGUUGUUAUUAACUAUUUUGUAUUAUUACAAAAUAAUUAUUUUUGAUACGGUAUUUACUAAAUCAUGAAAUUUCAACAAACAAUUAAUUAAAAUUUAUAUUUAGGGAAGACCAGUUAAUAAAUUUUUAUAUUUUUUGAUUUUGUAUCAAUGAUAUUUCUGAUAGAGUGAUAAAAAAUCACAAAUAGCUUCAAAAACACAGACUUUAAUUCGAAAAACUUAUUAUAUUUUUAUUAUUUACGGUGUUUAUUUUAUAAAUAAAAACCUUAAAAUAAAUUUUGUGUUAUUAUUUUUUUAAAACGGGGUAAGUUGACUCAAUACCUAAAAUAUAGUAAUGAAUCAAAAAUAUGUUAAGGAGUAAUAUUUUAUUUAAUUAAGGUUUUAAGUCUAUACUGUGUCUUUAUCUAUAUUUAAGUGGCAAAUUAAUGUGUGUCAACUUGUUAUAUUUAGAUUUUCUUUUGUUUUAAUCAACUCUUUUUAUUUAAAAAAUAAUAUCUCAAAAUUUAUUUUCAUUUGUUGAAAUUUAAAUUUCAUAUGCUAAAUUUUCCAAAAAAAGUUUAAAUUUACAUUUUUACCUUAAAAUUACAUUUGUAUGUUAAAUAAGUGAAAUUUUAAUAAUGUGUCAAGGACUUCUUGAGAACAUGAUAAAUAAAAUAAAUUUUAUAAAAUUUCUUGAUAAAUAAUAAAUCUAUAACAAUUUGACCUAGUCUCUCUUUUAUAAAUAGCAGUUUGCAUGGAAAAUGUACAUAACUGAAAACAAUUUAAAAAAUAAUAUUAUAAAAAUAUUAUUAUAACAUUAUUUAAAAAAAAAAUGUUAUUAGGAAGAUUUUUUAUUAUUAAAAUAAUAUCUUAUUAUGUAUAUUUUAUUUGUAUAUAUUAUCAUUAUUAUUAAUAAAUAAAAACUCCAUUA